AGUAGCUCCUGGUUAUGAAAAAGUGAGCAGUCGCGGAGGGUCGAGUACAAAUCAGUAAGGGAAAAAGCGAACGGACGUAGCUAAAUCACUGAAACUCGCUUGUGUCCGAGGUUUAAAAUGGUUUGAGCCUUUAUGCGCUGUCGUUUGUGAUUUGGGGAGGUCCAGCUGCUAGUUUUAAACUUUCGAGUCGUUUGACUUUUGGCCAGUGGCGAAUCACCCGAAGGCGGCUGCGGAAGGAAAGCCAUGUCAUCAGAAGAGGAGAGAUACAAGCUGGUGGUGGUGGGCGGUGGUGGUGUGGGGAAAAGCGCACUGACCAUACAGUUCAUUCAGUCCUACUUUGUGUCAGACUACGACCCCACCAUCGAGGACUCCUACACCAAAAUCUGCACCGUGGAUGGCAAGGAGACCCGAUUAGACAUUCUGGACACCGCAGGUCAAGAAGAGUUUGGAGCGAUGAGGGAGCAGUAUAUGCGUUCAGGAGAGGGAUUUCUGCUGGUGUUUGCCCUCAAUGACAGUGGAAGUUACAAUGAAAUUCAGAAGUUUCACACUCAGAUUCUCCGAGUAAAGGAUCGGGAUGACUUCCCCAUGGUCCUCGUUGGCAACAAGUCGGAUCUGGACCAGCAUAGAGUGAUCACGAGAGAAGAGGCCAUGGCGUUCGCCAGAGAAAACCGGAUCCACUAUAUGGAGUCAUCAGCUAAGAACCGCCACAAUGUGGACGAAGCUUUCCUGGAGGUGGUGCGAGCAAUAAGAAAGUUUCAGGAGACGGAAAGUCCUCCUGUGCUUACAAAUCACGGUAGGAAGCAGCAGAAUCGUGGCUGUCCCUGCACCAUCCUCUGACUGUGUCCACACUGUCGCCAUGGAGACUGAAGCCCCACCUUCCUGUCUGGUGCCUUACAUGUCUGCACUGUGUGUGUGUGUGUGUGUGUGUGUGUGUGUGUGUGUGUGAGAAUGAAUGUGAGAGAUUCAGUGUCCAGAACUGCUUAUGGUGGCAUCGUAUGUGCCCAGUGCAAGUGAACAAAAGUGUGUGCGUGCAUGAAUGAAUGCUCUUAGUCAUAGUAGCGGGAGCGUACAUUGGUAAUAUGGGAAGUGAUUCUCUUCGUGAGGGAGCACAGCGUCUAAUCUUAACAGUUUAAUUUCCGCCUCUGCACUUUUUUUUUUUUUUUUUUUUUUUUAAACAACCACGUUUUAUUUUUUUAUUUUUUAUUUUAUUUUUAUUUUUUUUUAAAUUAAUUUUAUGCAUUUUUCAGUGAGGGGUUUGGUCAUUUCUGAGUCAGCAUUUCAAACAUUUCUCUUAGGUCUAUUUCUGUGCCUUUUCUGUACAUGUCUGCUGAUAUGUAAACAAAAUAUCGGUCAAAUUUAAUACGUUUUAAAUGCAAAUAUCUGUCAAUACAGCUGUGAUUCUGAUAUCCUGCAUCUCUGAUUUCUAUCCAGAAAGACUGCAGUAGAGAAUGGAGGAUAGAGGGAGGGACAUUACUAUAUGUGUGUACCACAUAUGUGUAUACAGACUGUACACAGUAUCUGGCUGCUUUGACAUGGUUGGACUGAUAAAGCUGCUUUAUUAGGCAGGUGUUCUGUAUAAAUCACAUAAGAGAGAAAGUUUUUGCCCAUAUCUGUCAGUGGGUUUUCUAAACUAAGCAGCCUUCUCGCUUAACCAGCCCUGGCUUAUUGGAAGAAGAUAAACCUCUUCAGUUUUGAAUAUGUGAAGCUGGCCUCUGACAGUGCUUCCAGCUCCAGCCCAGGUGAAAUCCAGCACUGCAGUUUUGUAUUCCUACUUUAAAAUGACUGACUGUUUAGUAAAUUUAAUUCAGAAGCUACAUCACAGGCAUGUCACAUAUGUAUAAAUGUACAAGUGAAAGUUUCAGACCUUGUCGCUGUCCGAAAACUUAAAAAAAUUUUUUUUAUAAAUAUAUAUAAAUGCAGCACAGCAGCUGCCCUUUGUUUAUGAUGAAUGGACCAAUAGAAACCCUCCAAUUCUACAUUUACAGUACCAGGUUGAAGUGGCACAAAUCUGAAUUUUUAAUUUUUUUGGCCCUAAUGUGACUCCGAUCUGAUGUUUUCAAAACUGUGUGGACACACACAAAUCAGAUCUUUUCAAAUCCGACCUUAGCCACUUUCAUAUGUGGUCCUAGAUCAAAUGCGUAUCUGAUUCGUGGCCAUGCGACCUUAAUGUGAUGCUCAGAUCCGAAUUCAUGUGCUAUCUUUUUCCCACUGCGCCUGUACCGUCAUUCAGUGUUACCAUGGCAGCAGUGCCAAACAAGCCUUGUAAACGGUGGAAAAGAGGCUCAUGUCACCUUUUUCUCUUUCAUCUCGCUUUUAUAAUGAAGCUGAGAGCUGAUCAGAGUUAUUCAUCUUCACAGCAAAGUUCCUUCUGCUCGUUAGUCUGUUUACUGAUGUACUGAUGAUGCAUGUGGUGCAUGCAAUUCAUUCACAUGACGUCACUGAGUAGGAUGUGCGCAUGCAGGUCAUUUCAGGGCACUGGUUUGUUCACCUUAAUGGCAGAUUUGAAUCACUGGGGCUUGUAAUGUGAAUGUAGCCCAAGUUGCUUGGAAUAAAACAUUUGAUACAUUACAAGUAGAAAUUGUUUUUGCGAUCUCCUGUAAACGUACCAUUUUGGAAUUGCUUGUCUUCUCAACAACGAUACGUUCAAUACUGUGCAAAAGUUUUAAGCAUGUAUGCAUUUAUUUGCUCUGGGGGAAAAAAUAUAACUAGAAUAAAUACAAAUAAUAUUAAAUAGUGAUUUUAAAUGUGUCACUAAAUUAGAUGAGCUGGUGGAGUUUAACACCUCUUUGUGAUAGCUGGGGGCAUUCAACAGGCAUCUCCUUUUUGAAAACAAGAAAUUUGUGGUCAUAUUACUGCAACAGUAAUAAUUUUUUUUGUGCAGUUUCCUCAGGUGACUUUUGCACAGUACUCUGUGUGUGUGUGUGUGUGUGUGUGUGUGUAUAUCCACACGCAGCCAUCACGCAUCUUUCUGCUCAUGUUGUCUCUAGUGAACCACACUUUGUGCCAAGCAGCAGAUUCUUUAGGUGUUUUCAUUUCACGCAGACAGUUUAGUGUGGAUUUAUGUCACCAUCACUUAUAUAAGUCAUUAAAAACGAGUACGAGCUUUAUAAAGGAGAGGAGUAAUAUGACUCGGCAGUGUUGGAUUAAUUGCUCCUUCGGCAGUAUAAAUUUAGUAUUCAUAUAAACCAAAGAACAUACUGUAUCUUUGCACACCAACAGUUAAGCAAAAGUAGUUUGACACUAAACUAGAUUAUUUGUGCGUUGUUGUACUGUAACUCUGGGGGUGGGUUGUUCGUGUGUGUGUGUGUGUGUGUGUGUGUGUGUGUGUGUGUGUGUGUGUGUGUGUGUGUGUGUUUUGGAAAACAGUUUUAUGUGGCUGUGUGAAGGUACUUGUAUUUUGUGCAUUUGCAAUUUGUCUGUAAAGCUUGUGCUGUUUUUAUUUGAUAUGCUUUAAGCCUAUUUGAUUUACUUGAUCAGUAUAUGGUGAUUUGUACACAAUUUGCAGUCUUGCUAUGUUAAAGGGGAAUUCCAUGCUAUUUUUCAGUUUCUACAGAAUUCAGUGGUUGAGGUGUACACGGUCACUCAGAGUGAUUUGGUGUCAUGGUUUAUUAUAGAGAAGCUUUCAGACUGAUUUCUCUACAGUGGUGGUGAUGAGAACAGGGGUCACUAUGUUUACAACAUAAGUAAACACUUUAUUUACUGUCCAAAAGCACAUGUGUACCUAUGUGUGCCUUCUUUGUGUUUAUGUGUAAUGCAGAUGAUGGCAUGUACUUCUCUCUUUUUUUUUAAAUAAAUAAAUUUUAGGCAAAAACUUUGACUAAAGACUAUCAUAAAACAAUGUCUCAGGCAUUCGGCUGCCAUUUCAUGUAAUAAGUUUCUGUGAGUGGCUUUUCAGGGGAUUAAACUCUUCAGACGUCUGGUUCCUAUCACCACCACAGUGAACAAUUCUGAUUAGGUAGGUUUCUCUAGAACGGAGCAUUUCACUCCAAACCGCUCUGAAUGAGUUUGUUUACACAUUAUUCAUUUAAUUAUACAGAAAGUUUCAAAAAAAUCUGAAUUCCUCUUUUAAGUGCUCAAAGUGGAAUACAGCUGUUCCUUUUUGACACACAGGAGGGCGCCAAACUUCUGAACUAAGACAGGACUCAAGACAGCAGUGUUUUCAGUCUUAAGGCUGGAGUCUGUAAGAAAUGCAUAUUGUAAUGUGAUACAGGAUUGUAUAAUUUUAAAUAAUCCUUCAUACAAGUCCUAUAAUUUCAUUUAUUUUAAAUCAAACUCUUUAUCACGGAGUGUGUUUUUAUAUGCAAUUUAUGAUCCAAUAACUGCAGAAAUCCAUUAAUGAUCGGGUUAUUAAGCGCGUGUAAACAUACUAGGUGGCUCUGAAUAGACAUCAAUCUAAUAUGCUGCAACAUUUAGGCUUCCAUUAUAGAACGUUGACAUUUUUAUACUGAAAUGGAUCUAAAACGUUUUUGUACACAAUUAAAGUGAUAUUUACUUAAG